GAUGGAGGUAGGUAAUAAUGAUAAAGGUUAUUGGUGAUAUUAUUCGUUAUUGAACUUGCUCAAGUUAAGGUUCUUGGCUUGCUGUAAUCUCAUUCUAAGCUUAGACCCGUGCAAUAACCGCCCCUGGACGACGACAGCAAAGAAAAAUAAAUUUAGAUAGAAAGAGAAUUUAAUAAACUCACUUGAAAAAGUAUACAUUUCAGCCGAAGCCGAUGUUUUGGUCUGUAGACUCACUUGAACUUUGUUUGCUAAUGGUUGCAAAAGGGUGUCUGGGUCUCUUAUAAUCAAAAAGAGGAACCCCACAAAGUAGAGCUCAGAUAACGCAAAUGAACUCUAGCCAGCUAGCUGAAAUCUUUGUUCGAAAAACCGAAUUCAAACUAAGAUAUUUUAAUAACAUUCAGACCCCUGAAGGGGAGAGAAGACAUACGUCAGUCUGUCUUCUCCACAUCAUUGACAUCAGAACAUAAUUAGUUGCUAAGAAAUGAAUGCUUAAAAAGACAGAAUAUACAAUUUCCUGCAUUCUCGAUCUACCAGUACGCUGGGAAUGGUAUGAUUCGGACGAGUGCCCUUGAUGAUUGACAAAUGAUGACUGAUGAAAGAUGAUGAAGAUGUUCGAGCUUGCGGAAGAAAAGCGCUAUGGGACGGAUGACAGAGGGAAGACAUCACCCACCUUCACGGUUUCAGACGCCGUAGAGUCCGCCGGCUACGGAUGGUAUCAACUACGCCUGGGCAUCAUCAGCUCAUUUCAAAGGGUUGCGGACGCCAUGGAAAUCACCAUGCUAUCCAUAUUAGUGCCUUACGUCAAAUGCGAGUGGGAUUUGUCCAUAGUACAGGUUGCCAUGAUCACCACGGUUGUGUUUAUCAUGUUCCUCGUUGGGUCCCCAACCCUGGGUUGGAUGGGAGACAACUUCGGGAGAAAGCCGAUGUUAAUAGUGAGUAGUGUGGCCGUGGCGUACGCUGGUCUUCUGAGUGCGUUCUCACCUUCAUAUCCCUGGUUACUGUUCUUGAGAGGGAUCGUCGGCUUUGGACUUGGGGGCAAAUGUUUAAACGCUGCUUUGCUAGUUGAAUAUUCUCCUAUCAAGCAUCGAGGAGCAACUGUUAUGUCUCUAGGGGUUGCCUGGGCGAUAGGCUCCUUCAUGACGUCAUUGGUUGGAAUGGUGUUCGUGCCGUGGCUGGGAUGGCGGUCAUUCGUCGUUGCCAUCACCUUUCCGCUAGUCGUAUUUCUCAUUCUUAGUAAGUGGAUGCAAGAGUCCAGUCACUUUCUCAUUGCUUCCGGCGAGAAAGAAGAAGCGCAUAAAGUUCUACAAGAGAUGGCGCGAAUACAAAAAGCUGAGCUACCAAUUGGCGAGCUGCAAGGACUUUCACAUGAACGCUCGUCCGUCAGGAUACCUGUGCUUGUAGAUUGCUUUCGACAAACGAUUUCACGACGUUGCUCUGGACAACAUCGGCAGAGCUACCUGGUAAGGAUGUAAGAUUGGUCUCUAAAGCUUUAUACGCCCUCUGUAUAAUUAACCCCGACUACGUUGAUGAUGAGGCACUCGCGUUCUCCGGUCUUGAAUCCUUGUCUGAUUGUCGUUCUAUGGCGUGCCAUAAAUUAAUCAGCAUGGCCCGUGACGGUUUCCUCUAGCCUUGUCGCCAGGGUCUUCUGGGUAAUUUUCAAUAUGGCAUCUUGCUUCGUCAGCCAUAUUGAAAAUUACCCAGAAGACCCUGGGAACGAGGUUGCCGCGGCACACGAGUGUCUCAUAAACGUUUUGAUGCCCCAAUGGUAUCAACCAUUACAAGAUUACAAUAAUGUCACGCACACAUGACGUAAAGAGGGAUCAAGGCAUUGUCACCACACGUGUAGUAAGAAGGAUCACGGUAAUUUCACGCACACGUUCCAUAAGGAGGAUCACGGUAAUGUCACGCACCGGUUUUGUUACAUAUACAGAUCUGUUACAUACACAUUUGUGUAAAUAUGUUCAGUGUACUUCUGACCCUCCUGAGAUUUAUUGUAUACUACAUAAAAAGCUGAUUAUCAUUAUUUUAUUAUCUGUCUGUCUGUCUGGUCUGCCCUGAUAUUAUUAUAUCUUCAGCCAUGAUUCUGACGCUGGCUAUGGCUGACAAAGUAGGACGAAAAACGCUGUUGACGACUUACUUUGUUAUCGCUUCCAUUUGCUAUUGUUUUCUGUUCAUCUGUGCUGGAAGAGUUUUCCUGGCGUUCAACUUGUUUAUUAUUCGUGGCC